GCUGCUCCGGACCACUGUUACAAUGCCUCACCUCGCAUCUAAUGCCUCCUACGUGUGACCAUGUCGCGCUUCCAGAUUGGCGCAACGCCAACGACUGCCUCAGCAGUCUCUACACCUGCCGCUGAACCUUCGCCAGCUUCGACUCCAGCUCAAAGAAAUUCAUCGGACGACUACGAUGAUGAUGACCUCUCUACACUUCCAUAUCCCACUGAGUUACCACGUUCAGACUUCCUGAAACCCGACUUUGACGCGCAGACCUAUCUGUCGUCCUUACGAAACCGUCAUCAGACAUUAGAAGAUCUGCGCUCGGAUCUACGCUCACGCAGCCAACUGCUGAACAAGGAAUUGCUGGACCUGGUCAAUGGCAACUACGAAGAAUUCCUGUCUCUUGGAUCUGAUUUGAAAGGUGGAGAAGAGCAGGUCGAGGGCGUCCGAGUUGGUGUGUUAGGGUUCGCGCGCGAGGUUGAGGGCAUCAAGAAGGCUGUCGAGGAAAGGAGAGAAGAGGUCAAAGAAUUGCUGGAUGAGAAGAAGAGUAUCCGUCGAGAAGUCGUGAUUGGGAGACUUCUCUUGGAGGUCAAUGAACGUAUUUCUGAACUGGAGACCAGUCUUGGUAUCAAUGCAGAUGCCGAGGACGAUCAGGAUCUGGACGACGACGAGGAGGAAGACGAAGACGGAUCCGAACCUGCAAGUGCACAACUUCGGAAGCUCCAGAAGCACACUCAACAAUAUCUUAUGAUUCAGAGAAUGAUUGACCGCAUCGGCGCUGAGCAUCCAUUCUUCGUUGCCCAGAAGGGCCGACUGGAUGAGAUCAGGAAAACAAUGCACCUGGAUCUUGCGGCGGCGCUGCGACAGGCGAAAGCUGAGAAGUCUCAAGAACGCACCCUGCAAGUCAUCAAGCUUUACGCGGACCUUGGUGCAGAGGCAGAGAGUGUCAAAGUGCUGAAAGCCGGCUGAAAAGAUGGCGUACAACAUUAUUACUUUCCAAGACACGUGUCGGCACGUCUCGAGCUCGAACCACGAAGUAUCGCACGCGAUGAGCAAUGCGUGUGCAUCUCAUGAGCCUAUGGGCAAUCGCACUGAGCCCUCAGAGCGUGUUGAGCUUUGAAAGCGUCAUCAAGAAGACCGUGGUCUUGGAGGUUGAGCAUUGUCCGUGCUCGGGACCUGAGCUUCGUGGCCUCUGGAGCGGCUACACUUCGAGCACGCUGUCUCCACCUGACACAUCAGGCGGUCGCUUCCUGUGUGCUAAUGGGCUUCUCUCAUGCCAGGAUCAGCCCAUGGUCUAGGAUGUCUCCAAUUUCGCACUGCACGGCGCUACGCCUUUCGUCUGCGCACAAUAGCAGUAGGAAGUGGGAUCAGUAGCUCUCAGUCGCCUCGAAUGAAGGGCCAGCGAAGAGCGCCACGCGGUGGGUCAACGAUGCAAUGGCUUUUGCACGCCGUCGGUUCGGUCCACCACCCGAGAGAUCCAUCUCAGACCCUCAUCUCAAAGCUGCUUCGAAGAAGGAAUAUCUAAUCAGCCAUGUCUGAGCGUAUCAGUUAGACAAAGCACAUCUGACAGCCCAUCACCACUAUGUUGCAAGCAUUGUUCGCAACUGCUUUGCUAUAUAAGUCUACAGAAUGGAUUGUCUGGUUCGUCCUCCAGGACAUUCACUUCUUUCGCCGCUGCAACAGGCUCUCCACAACAGGUGCUGGCCACCUAUUUCAACUAUUAUUCCCCUUACCUUCUGUCUCCCAUUCACGGAAAAGCCGCUCACACUACCCAUAUUCAUCCUCGAAGAAAUUGCAUCUACAGCUGGUCCCACGAAGUCUUACAGUUACGAUCUUCUU